UCAGGAACCGGACAGGGGAUAAGUUGUGGCGGCAAUUUACUGCGCUUCGCGGUACUUCACAGUAGUUUACAGUGAAAAGUCCCUUUCAGCACAGUGGACAUCAUGUUUAACAGCCUGUGCAGGGAGUUCGAUGAAGAAGACACUUUCUUCUCGGAUCCAUUCAAGGCACAUGCCGAAUUGGUGCGGAAAAUGAUGCGCAGCUUCUCUGAUCCUUUUGACCACAAUUCCCUACCCAGACUAACAUAUGGACAGGACAGAGCUCUGAAUGAUCGCAGUGAUGGCAGCCUUGUCCUUAGGCAGCACCACAAGGCGAGGAGUCAGUCACUCCUGCCAAUUGGCGAUCUUGAGAGUACGGAUCUGGUCUUACAGAACCACUUCAGAAUGAUGGACAGCAUGCUGUCUGACAUGAGAAGGAACAUGGAGCAGAUGCAGAAGAACUUUGAGAACUUGUCAGCUGAUCCUAACACCCACUUCUUCAAGUCCUCUUCAGUCAUGACAUACUCCAAAGUAGGAGAUGAGCCAUCCAAGGUGUUCCAGGCUGCCAGCCAGACACGGCGUGCUCCAGGAGGGAUCAAGGAAACUAGGCGAUCCGUGAAGGACUCCGAGACUGGUGUGGAGAAGUUGGCCAUUGGACAUCAUAUUAACGAUCGUGGACACGUUGUUGAAAAAAGGCUAAACAGGAAAACCGGAGAGCGGGAGAUGUUGCAGGACUUCCAAAACAUGGAUGAAUGUGAUGCCCAAUCUUUCGAACAGGAGUGGCAGCAGGAGAUUUACAAAUUCCAGCAAAGGGCACCCAAAGACUUCAUGACUGGAAAUGGCAAGAUGAAUGCUCAAAAAAACAAGAGAAACAUGGGAGCAAUAAAGAAGAAAGCACAGUUUGAGGAUCUGAAUCUGAAUGGUGCUGCAGUGAAACAAUAAUGACAUUCUGGAGGUUUCACAUGCUUCCCAGACUAACUAUAGUCUCUUAGUUGCUGAUCAGGCGUUCACUGAUACUCAGACAUGUUUGUUUUUUCACUUUUAAUGUCCACUGCGAAAAAAAGAUGUGUACAAGAUGAGUAUAAACAAUAUUUUAGGUGUCAGUGUACAAAAUGUGAACCUUAUCCCUGUCAAUUUAUUUUGAAGUAUGUGCAUUUGAAACGUGUCUAACCUAGUUUGCUGGGAGCAAUGUCAGCGGCAGUUACAACAAACAGCAUGUACUUCAGAAAUUCAGGAUUUUUUCAUUGCGCCGUAAUAUAUGAAAAUGGAGAACAAAAAAAUAACUUUAAAAAU